CAGAGAUGGAGGAUCAGCUUGUUGAUUUGUGGCAACAGCACGAAUGUUUAUACAUGUAAAAAUUAUUCCAAGCACUAUCAUUGAAAUGUCUUCCUGCAUAUCGUCUGCCAUGCUUCACAUUUUAAAAAUCUUAUAAGAUGUAAAACAUCUUUUGGUGUGUACCCAGCAUUACAUUGAAUACAUAAACUGAACCACACAGAGUUGUCAACUGUCAUUUUGGUUGUCAAUUUAACCCUAAAGGUUGUGAAUUGUUACAUGUUCAUGUGAAAUUCAUGAGACCAAGACCUCUGACAGUCAUGUGCAGGCACACAAUAAUAUAUAUAGCAUGCAUACACGCUUAGCUACCCUUUGGAGGAAAUAAUAUGGACCUACCUUGCCUAUACACACUAUCAACUUGCUUGCAUUCACAAAUAGACACUUUCAUUGGACGCACAUGUGGUGAUGCGAUUACGAGUCUGAGCAGAAUUUAACUUACGGUCUCUGUUUGUUUAAUGGUCGGAUUAGUUGCUAAACUGUAAUCUGGAACAAAUACCUCGUCGAAAAUAACAAAUGUUUUGCUGGAACUUGAAAAUUAGCAGAACAUAUGUUAUUGAUAAAAAUGGACAGUUGUUUAUUACGUUGAUUUUUAACGCUUUUUAUUAUUUAUAUAGUGCAAUUGGCAGACACUUUUAUGCAAAGCAACUUACAGUUCAUUACAAGAUAUACAUUUUUAUCUGUACGUGUGUUCCUGGGGUUCAAAGUCAUCGACCUCAACCAACUGAGCUACUGGAACAAAACUUUAAUUUCACUCAGCAAACAAAACAAAUAUAAAAUAAUACAAUUAUAUUGUAAAAGUUUAAUUGUCUGAUAUACUGAUCAAGCUGUAAAUUACAGUCUGUGUUUUGAGGGAAAAUAUCCUUUUUACUUCUGCUAGUAAAGGCCCUGUCUUUGCUGAGCUCUGAAGCCUCAUCACUGCCAUUCUAUCAGACCCAGCUCAAAUUCACCAGGCCGGUGUGACUUCAUCAGAGCUCUCAGGGGUCCCCGAGACUUUGUGUGAGUCGUGGUAGGUUCAUUGGUGUGAGGGACGGCUCAGUGUGGGUGGAAAGAGGAGGAUAAGAAAUGCCAUGGGAACGGAUGGGGUGGGGGGCCAGAGGGUAGAUGGGGUAGAUGAACGCCAUUCCACGAAGAACCUGUCUUCAAUGGUGCUAGUGAACGGUGAGGUGCAAUUUCAUGGAUGAAGUCAAGACAUACACAAGAGGUGCCAGGUAACAGUGAGGACAUUUUUGAAACCGUGUCAGCCAUUUCUGAGCAGAGCUGCUGGCAGCAUACCUGCUUCUGACUGUUACACACCACACGGGUAAGGGAUGUAUCAUUUUGUUAUUGAAAAUAAUUUUAUUUAGAACUUUGUGGCAAAUAUUUAAUUAAAAUUUAUAGAACACUCAACUGAAUCCAAAUGUCGACAGUGCAUUUUAAUCAUUGAUGAUUCCCUGAGUGUGACAGUACCAUAUAUACAAGUAAUAGUUAUUGAAAGUUUGACUUAUAAUGCUCUUUAUUAAUUGUAACAUGAUGGAUCUAAACAACUCUGGAGGAGUUAUUUUAUAAAGUUUCUGUUAUGUUUCAGCAUUCUAACCAAUCACUUUGAAAGCCCAAUGGGUGAAAAUCAUCUCAAGCCAAUGGCUAUAAAGGAGAAUCAGCUGACUGUCACGUUGUUGAUAUCCAUCAUGGCAGCGGUGCUCGGCUCUCUCCAGAUAGGAUACCACACAGGCAACAUCAAUGCCCCUGCUCGGGUAAUUGAGGAAUUUUUCAAUACGACAUGGAGAACCAGACACAAUCAGUCAAUACCAGACCACAGUCUCACUUUCCUGUGGUCCCUCUCUGUUAGCAUUAAGGACUUUGGAGCAUUGCUUGGUUCACUGGGGGUCAAAGGUCUUGCUGAUACUUUUGGGAGGCGAAAUGCCAUUCUCAUAGCAAAUGCCUUAUCUGUGGUGGGUGCCUCUUUGAUGAUUAUGAGCAAAGCCACAGCAUCAUUUGAAGUUCUUAUUGUGGGUCGGCUGAUCUUUGGUUUGUUCUGCGGCCUGGUGAUGAGCCUGAACCCACUCUACAUCCAGGGUGUCUCCCCAACAAACCUACGUGGGGCUUUUGCCACUUUGAACCAGGUCUUCUUUGCAUCAGGCAUUUUGCUAGGCAUGGUGGUGGGCUUGGAAACAGUGUUGGGCACAGAGAAAAACUGGGUCUUAAUGUUGUCCCUGUCCCUCAUACCUGCAACAAUCCAGUAUAUGAGUCUUCCUUUCUGCCCUGAAAGUCCUCGCUACCUCUUCAUCAACAAGGGCAAAGAAAAGGAAGCACUGGCUGCUCUGAGAAGACUUCGAGGAAAUCCAGAGAUGGUGAUGAAAGAAAUGGAAGAGAUGAGAGAAGAAGCUGCUCACAGUGAAACUGGGGUGACUGUUGGAGAAUUUCUCAAGAGGCGACGCUACAGGCAGCCAAUAAUACUUGUGCUUAUCAUAAACCUCGGCAGCCAGUUAUCUGGGUUUAAUGCGAUCAUAAAUUAUUCAACUAAAAUGUUUAUCCAGUCCAAUUUUGAAGAGGCCAAAUAUCUGACAAUAGGAGUGGGGGCAGUUAACGUGGGAUUUACUGUAGUAGCAUUUUUCCUGGUGGAGAGAGCAGGACGAAGAAAGUUGUUGCUUGCUGGAUUUCUGUCAUUAGUGCUAUGCAAUCUGCUAAUGACCAUCACAUAUUCCAUAAUGACCAUAUUUCCAGACAUCCGCAAUGUUCAGGUGUUGGUGGUUUUCUUCCUGAUCUCAGCAUAUGAGGUGGGCCCUGGGCCAAUUUCUUGGUUCAUUGCUGCUGAGCUUUUUGACCAGUCAGCUCGACCCAUUGCAAUGGCCUUUACCAGCAUGCUGAACUGGGGAGGGAAGUUUCUACUAGCGUUGCUUUUUCCACCUCUGCUGAAAAUCUGUGGGGCCUAUGUCUACCUUCUCUUCAUGUGUAUGGCACUGCUUGCCUUCACUUUCACCAUGUUUCGUCUUCCCGAAACCAAGGGACGCACUUUUGAUGACAUUGCAGCUGAGUUUCGUGGGGCAGAGGGCAUUCCCUUACAUAAUAAGAUGACCUUCAACACGUUCAACUGAUCACACAAGUUCAGACAUCACCUCUAAGCCUCAAUUCUAAAAAGAGUGAUACUCAAUACACAAUUUUUAAAGGAUUUCAGGGAAAUGUAAGGAUUUCAGGGAUGUGGUUGAGAUCGUUCAAACUGCACACUAUGGUAGCCUAUGACCUAUAUGCCAAAACAGAAAACACUUGUAGAGCGUGAUCUGUAAAUAUGACUCCCUGGAGCUUGGCUCACCUCUCUGUGAAGACCUUCAAAUCGUAAGUUUUUAUCACACCAUGAAUUCUAACAACUCUCAGGUAUGUGUACUCUUGUCAGACAUGUAUGGAGGAGGCUGCAAGCAAUAGUUAACAAACCAUUUUGCACAACAUCUUGGCUGAGGAAAUAUUGAAAAAUGUAUUAAAAAUAAAUGAGGCAUAUGUUUGAACCUGAUUGACCUAAUUAUUUGUAAUUCGAGUUAUAUUUAGUUUAGUUAAGCUGUGGGUAUUUCAUUCUACGUGACACUGAUAGCUGUAGCUGUUUUCAUUGUACUGUAAACAUAAUUACUGUUUCCUGUGUUUAGAAUUUGCUUCACACAGAUCCGUAAUUUCUUUAACAUGAACAGAUGAAUAUGAUUGUACAUUUUAAGUAAUAGAUUACAAGCAUUUAUUACAAUCAUUUCAUUUUUUGUGCAUGGUUCCAACUUGUAAACAUUCAAGCAAAUAAAUCAAGAACAGUUAUCAAAAAAUGAAAAGGGGAUUUUUUAACAGUCUUAACAUAGUUAUGGUCAAUGUUAGGGACAUGAUGUUAUAGACAUUUAUGAACUUUGGAGUUGUUUGUUGCAUGUUGUCUAUAACAAGCUGAAGUAGUUAUGAAGUUACAAGAACAGAGGGAAUUUCUCAUUAGUUGAUCCCAAUAAAAUACAAAAAUGAGAACAAACACAGUUUUCACUGUGAAAGAACGAAAUGCACUCGAAAAAAGCCACAGCAUUUUUAUAGCUCAAUUAAGUAAAUCUGCAUACAAGCUGCAUUUCAUAACAGACCAAUAAUAAGAACUAUUUAAAAUACAAUUUUUGGGAAGAGAUGCUUGAUUUAGUAAUAUAACACUUCAUAGAUCUAAUUACUCUACGGACCACACAAUCACUUCAGUGAUAUUUCGACACUUAAUAAACUUUUUAUGACCAAUGUUUUACUCAGAUGUCAGACCUCCAGAAAUCACCAGACAUGAAAUUAUCCACCAGUAAAAUAUAUUAAAAAUGAAAAACUAUCAAAGGGUGUUAAAAAUUCAAUAAUAUAUCUAAAAUCAUCUAUUUUUAGUUGUUUAUAGCAAGUCAUUUCACACUGACAAAAAUGAUUCUGGCCCCAAUUA